AUGCAAAAAACACAUUUUUCACGUUCAAGGGGACAUUUUCGCGCCAUAAUUAAUUACAACUUUCAGAGACAAUUAUCGCAACAAGAAUGCCUUGCUGAGUUACUGUCUGUUUUCCUCAACGAAGCGCCACAUCAGUCGACAAUUUCUCGGGUGGGUGCACCAAAAACGGCAGUCACUCAGGAAAACGUCGAUGCUGUGCGCAAACUCAUCAUUGAUGAUAGACAUAUGACAUAUCGCGAGAUUGAGGCGUCCUUGAAGAUCUCAAAGACCUCAAUUCAAAAAAUUUUACUUGAAGAAUUAGGAGUAAGAAAAUUGGUUUCUCGUUGGAUACUCCACCUGUUGACUGAAGAGCAGAAAGCAGCCAGGGUUAAUUGGUGUCAAAAAACGCUUGACCGUUUCAAUUCCGGAAACUCAAAAUAUGUGUACAGCAUUGUUAGUGGUGAUGAAUCGUGGAUUUACUGUUAUGAACCGGAAAAUAAACGACAGUCGGCUGUUUGGGUAAUCCGUUCUCGAAGUGUUUCGAAAAAGAUGGUCGCGACAUUUGUGUCAAAAGCGGGUCAUACUGCAACAAUUCCUCUUAAUGAGCAAAGAACUGUUACUGCGGAUUGGCAUACCACCAUUUGUUUGCCAAAAGUCAUCACCGAGCUUCGAAAAAUCAACCCCGAAAGAAGAAUCAUCCUCCACCAAGACAAUGCAAGCUCGCACACAGCCCAAAAAACAAGGCAGAAUUUAACGGAAGAAAACGUGGAAUUAUUGGACCAUCCUCCAUAUAGUCCCGAUCUAAGUCUUAACGAUUUCUUUACUUUCCCGAAAAUUAAAAACAGACUGCGUGGUCAAAGGUUCCAGUCAUCAGUAGAAGCAAUUGACGCAUUCAAAAAUGCCUGGAAUAAGUGCUUCGAAAAUUGGUUCGAGCGCAUGCAGAUAAGUAUUAAUGUUCGUGGAGAAUACUUCGAAAAACAAUAA